AUGUCUGCCACCACUAUUUGCAUCAAUUCUUUCAAUUGUACCAAUGUUCCAUAUAACAAGUAUUUUGAAUUCUUUCCAUAUGAUAAAUGGUCACUUGCUCAUUUUGUCUCUCAUAUAAUCGAUAAUUACCAAAAUGCUGAUAAAAGAAUGGCUCAUCGUAUGUUCUAUACUACUUUAAAUACUAUCAAAGAGGAUCCACACACGUUAAAAGAAGUUGGCGAUAUUGUUCAAGAAAUUUUGAAAAAUAAAAAUACUGAUAUGAACAACACUAAUUCCUUGUGGAAGAGGAUAGAGGACCAAAAAAUGUUGGGACAUACUUCAUGUAAGAAUCGAAAAAAGAAGCAAAAAGCCACUGAUGCUUCUGUCAUUCCUCCAAAGAAGCAACACAUAACCUUGGAAUCCUUCUUUCCUGGGGUUGAUGUUCCCUUACAAGAAAACAAAUCUAUAGACAUCUUAGGCAUACCCAAUGUGAGAGUCCCAAAAGAAAGUGUUUACAAUGCCAAGAUGUACUGGAUCCUCCUUAAUUGGCUUGCUAAAGUAUAUCAUUAUGAAAUUAUGGGACAGUGGCACUUGGAGCAAGUUGGUGAAGAUGGAUGCUACCAUCACUUAUAUUGUGACCUUACAAUAAAGGAGAGGAGAGUCUCCAAUCCUGUAGCAAUACUUGAGUUAGUGGCUACUGCAACCCUGUCAAGAUUGAAUGAACACUUUGAGCAGGUGUAUAAAUAUGCUGGUAAACUUUCUCCUUCAGAGGUUUGGCUAAUCCAUUUCUCUUGUGAAGAUGGUAUCACAACAAAUUCACAUUGGCCUUCUGAAGAACAACAGAAAAGAGGGUUGAAUGUUGUACAUUUUUGGCAUGAAAAAGAUUUCAAGAAUGCUUCUAUGAGUGCCAGAGUAAAAGAUGCUUCUGGUAAUUUCUAUGAUAUAAUCAACCAACGUGUUCUUCCCUAA